AUAUAGGUGCUUGAUGGUUCCCCAGAGAUGAAAGUGAGCACAACACCUUAAACAAAACAUCAAGAUGGAAUUCUUGAUUCAUGAUUGAUAUAUAUGAUCUUAGACUAAAAAAUUGGGGUAUGACAUUAAUAUAUAUUUACUAUUUUAUCUAAAAAAUAAUAUUUCUUAAUUAGUGUACAAACUUUAAAGGAUAAAAUAUGAGUGAUGGAAAUAGCAAGAAUUUAUUUGGAAGAACUGGGACCGGUGAGGAAUUAUUGGGCGGUGCAUGAGGUUGACCGGAAGUGAGAUGCUGUGAGUGAAAAGAAAAAAUUCAAGUCCAUCCAGCCAUAAGUGAGUGAGUAAAGCAGAUACAGAUAAUAAAAAUGGCUGUGUCUUGCGGGGGACUAAUCAUUUUGAUUGCCUCUGCAAUAAUAAUAAUUGGGUAUGUCUUGGAAAUUCCGUACCCUCCUUCAUGCCCCAUUCCAUUAGAACAACCCUGCGGAAUAGUAUACAACAAAUCUUCAAUUUCCUUCGGAGAGGGCUGUGGAACUCCCAGUUUCGAAGUAAUAUGUGAAAACAACAAAUCAGUAAUUUACUUCAACUAUGGCAAACGUCUCGCCAAAGCCAUUAUAGCCUCUCCAAAUUCCUCCUCAUUCCUUUACAUCAUGACUGGAGUUAGUUCUGAUAAUAACUUCCCUACCAUCCACUCUUUUUCUCUUCCGUAUGAAAACGUCUCAUUCUUGACAUAUCUUGAUGUAAAGCAAUUUAUAACUGUUUUGAGAUGCGAAAAACCAGUAGAUGGUGACUGGUACUGGGGUAUUUCUUCAGAGAGUUGUGUUGGUGGAAUUGAUGUUGAUGAGGAAAAUCAAUAUUCUUAUUUAUAUGGUGUAGAUGAUUCUUUUGAAUCAGAAGUGAGAGAUAUAGAAGAGUCAUGCAGAAUAGAGAUGAAGGUAGUGAUUAGUUGGUGGGAUGGAAAGGUGAAAUGUAAUAACAAAUAUCCAGAAGUUGAAACUGAGUAUGUGACUGGAAUUGAGCUUCGUUGGCGACCAAUAAGCUGUGAGGGAGACAGCGAGGAACAACCAUUGCCACUCACCUGCACUCUCUUAAAUGCAGCAGUUGGCCAAUUCCCAUUUUUCCUACUUAUAUCAUUAUCCUUUAGCAUUGUUGGAAAAUUUGUUCUUGGCUCACCCUUUGUGAUUGCGGUUUUGAUAUCUAAAUGGAGAAAAAAACAUUUAUCCAUAUAUGACAUGGUUGAAGAUUUCAUCCAAAGUCACAACAACUUCAUACCCAUUCGAUACUCUUAUUCUCAAAUCAAAACGAUGACCAAACAUUUCAAGCAUAAGUUAGGUGAAGGAGGUUAUGGUACUGUCUACGAAGGAGUGCUUCGGAGCAAACGUAGAGUAGCUGUUAAGGUAUUGACUAAGUCUCAAACCAAUGGACAAGACUUUAUCAAUGAAGUUGCAACCAUUGGAAGAAUUCGUCAUGUCAAUGUGGUUGAGCUAAUCGGAUUUUGUGCUGAAAGAACAAAGCAAGCUUUGGUUUACGAGUUUAUGUCUAACGGUUCUCUUGAUAAACACACGUUUUCACAAGAGCAAGGAAAUUCUUCUUCAUUAGGAUACGAUAAAAUCUAUGUCAUUUCGCUUGGAAUUGCUCGUGGAAUUCAAUACUUACACCAAGGUUGUGACAUGCAAAUCAUACAUUUUGAUAUAAAACCUCAUAACAUUCUUCUUGAUGAGAAUUUCAACCCAAAAAUAUCUGACUUUGGUUUGGCAAAAUUGUAUCGAAUAGAUCAAAGUAUUUUAACUUUAACAGCAGCAAGAGGAACAAUGGGUUACAUGGCCCCUGAAUUGUUAUACAAGAACAUUGGAAGCAUAUCUCAUAAAGCCGACGUUUUUAGUUUUGGAAUGAUGCUAAUGGAAAUGGCAGGUAAAAGAAAGAACAAAAAUUAUAUAGAGAAUUGUUGGCAAGACUACUUUCCUAAGUGGAUUUAUGAUCAGUUUGAGGAAACAAUAGACACAAACAACGGAACCCAGGAGGAAAAGAAUAUUGCAAUGAAGAUGAUUGUGGUUGCCUUGAAAUGCAUACAAAUGAAACCUGAUGAUCGGCCUUCAAUGAAUGAAGUGAUAGAAAUGCUUGAAGGAGACGAAGUUCCUCAACACCUUCCACUUGAUCCACAAUCUCUAUUAACUUGGGAGACGAUGUCAACAGAUGCACAUGAAUUCAAUGGCAACUAACAUUCAUCAUGAGCUACAUGUGAAGUGGAAGUGCAACAAGUAUGAAAGUGAAACCAAUGAUAUUGAUUCCAACUAUUAUGCAUUUUUGUUUCUUUACUUUUAUUAGCAUAUGUUACUUUAGACGCUAUGACUUUUUCAUACUCAGUCAUUAAACAUGCAUGUAAAUGUAUACUUUAAUAACUUGCCUCAUGAACAAUCUUAAUGAUUUUUGAAUAAUCUU